AUGUCGCAGCAGCAGAAUAACGGCGAGCCUGUGAUGCGUAGGAAAUUGGUAAUUAUCGGCGACGGAGCUUGCGGCAAGACUAGUCUUCUCAGCGUAUUCACCCUCGGCUACUUUCCUACUCGUUAUGUUCCUACCGUCUUCGAGAACUACGUCACAGACUGCAGGGUAGACGGCAAGUCCGUUCAGCUGGCGCUCUGGGAUACUGCAGGCCAGGAAGACUAUGAACGCUUGCGCCCACUCGCCUACAGCAAAGCACAUGUAAUCCUCAUCGGCUUUUCCGUCGACUCACCUGACUCGCUGGAGAACGUCAAGCACAAGUGGGCUGAGGAGGCACGCGAAAGAUGUCAAGGCAUCCCCAUCAUACUUAUUGGGUUGAAAAAGGAUCUUCGUGACGACCCUCUCGCUCAGGAGGAGAUGAGGAAGAAGUCGCUCCGUUUCACUACACCCAAGCAGGGCAGCGAUAUGAAGGAGAUGAUCGGCGCCCGCAAAUACCUCGAAUGCUCCUCCCUGACAGGAGACGGUGUCGACGACGUUUUCGAAGCUGCCACGCGCGCUGCGCUACUUUCUGUCGACAAGAAAGAGGGCGCCGGCUGCGGUUGCGUAGUUCUAUAA